AUGGGUUUUGUAUUACCCAUCUCAAUAUAUGCUUUCUUUCUUCUUCCCUUCUUUCUUUUUCAGGUUACCUGUGCAAAUUUAACAAAUGGAGGAAAAACAGAACUUCUAAAAUCAGGAAGCUCCAAAUCCACACUAAAGCAUAUAUGGACAGAAAGUAGCAAAGACUUGUCCAUCAGCCGACUGCUGUCACAGACUUUUCGUGGAAAGGAAAAUGAUACAGAUUUGGACCUGCGAUACAAUGUCCCAGAAACUUAUUCUGAGCAAGAUCUCUGGGACUGGCUGAGGAACUCCACAGACCUGCAAGAGCCUCGGCCCAGAGCAAAGAGACGGCCCAUUGUCAAGACUGGGAAAUUUAAGAAAAUGUUUGGCUGGGGCGAUUUUCAUUCCAACAUCAAGACUGUGAAGCUAAAUCUGUUAAUAACGGGGAAAAUCGUUGACCAUGGCAAUGGGACGUUUAGUGUUUACUUCAGGCAUAACUCCACCGGUCAAGGGAAUGUAUCUGUGAGCCUAGUGCCCCCUACAAAAAUAGUGGAAUUUGACUUGGCACAACAGACAGUGAUUGAUGCCAAAGAUUCCAAGUCCUUUAACUGUCGAAUCGAGUAUGAAAAGGUUGACAAGGCUACCAAGAACACACUCUGCAACUAUGACCCUUCAAAAACCUGUUAUCAGGAGCAGACGCAGAGCCACGUGUCAUGGCUCUGCUCCAAGCCCUUUAAAGUAAUCUGUAUUUACAUUUCCUUUUAUAGUACAGAUUAUAAACUAGUGCAGAAGGUGUGUCCUGAUUACAACUACCACAGUGACACACCCUACUUCCCAUCAGGGUGAGGACCAACACGUGUCUGAGACUGAAGCCUGGGUAAUGAAAGAGGUCAUAUGACAGGGCUGUAACCUCAAGGAGGAAGGCCACAUCUAUUGCCUGGAAUGUGUCUACCUGCUGCUGCUGAUGUCAAAUGGCUGCAAAUAUGUUAGUGGAAAACAAUCUAAUGUAAUUUUUGCCCAGUCAGCUCCAUGUACCAAUCUAGUUGUAAAUCACUAUGGAUUUGAAAUAAAACCAUACACAUACACAGAGACACACACUCUUUUCUGCUCACAUUGAGAUUCCUGUUAAGAGAGCUUUCAUUGUCUGAUAUAUAAGGUUUCAGGAUAACCUAUCAUCAAGCAAAAUGGAUUAACUAGACAGAGAAUGUUUUCUAACGCAGACUGUUAUGGAAAUCUCUUUGAAAGUCCUUUGAGUACACGUCAGUCAGUAAUCCCCACUCAUGCAUUCUACUGCUUGGAGUAGCUGUACUGGUAAAUAAUGCCGUAGGAGUAAAUACUUGUUAAAAUGGGAAAAAUGUGUGUCUAGAGUUCAGCAUUCCUUAUUAUAUGAACACAGCAAAGCAUCGUGACUUUUUUCCGGCAUACAGUAGGCACAUUCGAGGUGGUGUUAGGUGGCUCUUUUUCCGUGGAGCGAGCCUGUUACUAGUAAAGAUGGGCAAACAUUUGGAAUUUACAUGUGGGUAGACAUUCUGGUUUCAUGUUUCUCUGACUCUUUAAACUCUGAUUCUUUAAACCUGGUUGAGUUUAGGCCAGAUAAGCUACUUAAAAACUCUCUAACUGAUCUCUAAGAAGGAAAAUGCCUGGCGGAGAACAUGUAAGUUAUAAGUGGCUGUCUUAUCUUUAUUACAAAAUAUUGUAACAAAUUCAAUAUCCUAGUCUUCAUUUGUAUGAAUGGUUUGUAUUGUACAUAAUUUAACCAGUGUUAUUUGAGCUGCUUAUUAAUAUUAACUUGUAAUUGUCUUUCUGCUUGUUAUUGGUUAAAAACAAUCAAGGAAAUGAGGAAUCCAUUUUAUCAAUGUAGCUGUAAACUCCAUUAAAAGACAAAACUAUGUACAAAGCAUUUAUUCAGCUAAAGUAUUGUUGAAAGCUAUACAUAUACAACAUUACAGUCUGUCUGUAUUUAGAUAUUUUAUUUCCAGAGGAAAAAAAUGAAUUGUACAUAAAAAUAAAAAAUCUUAAAGUUGAGUUUCAA